AUGGGAUCAACUGAAGAGUCUUUGGCGUCAAAUAAGUGCCAAUUCUUCGUCAAGAAGGGUAACACUAAUCGUCGGAUCCGUCAGAAUAUAAGACGCGACGAGACGUCGAGCGAAGAAGAGGACAACGAGUCGGCGGUUGUGGUGAACAGCAGCCGAAGAGCCGACAGAAACCCAUUGAUUCAGUCGACCGUAUCGUUCAGUCGUCUCAAGAAACGGAAAGUGGUUUCGGAGGACAAGGAAGACGGCAACGACUCGGACGACGACUCGUUUCGAGUCACCUAUCGGUCCAACAAAAGCGGCCAAAGAGAGGGUCCCUCAGACAUGGGCGCGACGUCUGUGAUCCAGACGGAGACCGACAAAGCGAUGGACGCGCAGAGCAUCUUCGAGAGGGCGCAGGAAGUGAACGAAACACUGAAAGGCAAAGAAGACGACCACAUCUACAGAGGACUCAAUAAUUACGUUCAAUACAAGUCCAAGAAAGACACGCCUCAGGGGAACGCCUCGUCCGGACACGUCCGCAACGGUCCCGUCCGCGCGCCCGAAAACAUCCGGUCGACCGUCCGGUGGGACUAUCAGCCGGACCUCUGCAAGGACUACAAGGAGACGGGCUUUUGCGGGUUCGGCGACUCCUGUAUAUUCCUUCACGACAGGUCUGACUACAAGUCCGGCUGGCAGUUGGAAAUGGAUGCCCAGCACAAGGAUCACGACGACGACGACCCCAACAAGUAUGUCAUCGAAGAGGACGACGACCUGCCCUUCAAGUGNAAUGAAUGA